GCUUAUGAAGUACAUAACUAUCAAAAUUGUGUGUUAUACAUAAAAGUGAAUUCACUAACAACACUACAUUCCGAAAUGAUGUAGAGUAAAAAAAAAAAAACAAGUUUUUAAACCCGCCUUCUGAUCCAUCGAGGUGUUUAGAGAUGGUGACACCCUGUAAUAGGAGAGAAAAAGAAACGUACAAGUCAAAGUUAGCUCAAAAACAAGAACGAGGGAUGUGGUUCCUUACUCUCCUGGCGGUACCAAAUUAAGUAAUACGGAAAUGGAUGAUGAGUUUGAUGGAAUACAUUAAUAUUGUUCCAAAAUUAUUGUCCAGUUUGGGAUUUCAUUUUUAGUUUAAUUUGUACUAAAAAUAAAAUUCUAAACUGGACAAUAAUUAUGGGACGGAGGGAGUAAUAGAUUUGGUGACAGCCUCUAAUCUUUGACUUCAUAUUUUCCCUGAUUUUUUGGUUGAAGAUAUGUCAAGAAACCAAAUCAAUUAUUGUCAAAUUCGUCAAUUGCAUCAUUGAUGAUCAUAUGUCCCCAUUUGCUAUAAAUCCAUCCAUCUCAUUUCCAGUUUCUUACCUUCAGUUUAUUGAUUUUCUUUUUUCUUUUUUUUUUCAAUUAAAUCUUAACAGCUUUCCCACUUAUCUUCAUACAAAUCCAUUUCCAUAGUCAGGAAAAUAACUGAUUUAUCAUCAUGUCGUCUUCUUCACCAGAAAGCCAGCAGCUGCUUCCGCUGAGAGAAAUCCCUGGUGGCUACGGCUUGCCAUUCUUCGGGCCGAUUAAGGAUCGCCGUGAUUUCUACUACAACGAAGGCCCAGACAAGUUCUUCAAAACCCGUGUGGAGAAAUACAAAUCCACCGUCUUCCGAACAAACAUGAUCCCAGGUCCUUUCAUGGCUCAAAAUCCCAAAGUUGUCGCAGUUCUGGACGCCAUCAGCUUCCCAAUCCUGUUCGACACCUCAAAAGUCGAGAAAAAAAACGUUCUUGACGGAACUUACAUGCCUUCUACCGACUUCAGCGGAGGCUAUCGUGUUUGUGCUUUCCUUGAUACAACUGAGCCUUCCCACGCGGCAUUAAAAGGCUUCUUUUCAUCCCAAUUGGCCCAUUUACACAACAAAUUCAUCCCCAUUUUCCGCAGCUCUGUUUCUGAGCUUUUCACUACUCUUGAAGACCAAUUGUCCAAAGACGGGAAAUCAAACCUGAAUAAGCUCGGUGAUAAGGUUUCGUUUGAUUUUAUCUUCCGUUUGUUUUGUGAUAACAAGAGCCCAGAAGAAACUGUUGUCGGAUCUAAGGGCACCAGCACAUUUGACAGAUGGCUUUUUCUUAUGCUCUGUCCUUUAAUGUCACUUGGGCUAAAAUUCGUCCCCAGUUUCGUGGAAGAUUUCUUCUUGCACACUUUCCCUUUACCCUUUUUGUUGGUGAAAUCGGAUUACCAGAAGAUGUACGAUGCGUUUUGGAAACACGGAAGCAAGAUCCUGGAUGAAGCGGAGAAAUUUGGGCUCAAAAGAGAUGAAGCCUGUCAUAAUUUAGUCUUCCUCGCCGGAUUCAGUACUUACGGCGGCAUGAAAGUCCUGUUUCCAGCUCUAAUCAAGUGGGUCGCCGCCGCCGGAGAAGACUUACACCGCCGGCUUGCCGGCGAAAUCAGAACAGCUGUUAAAGAAGAAGGCGGCGUCACAUUCGCCGCCAUAAAUAAAAUGAGUCUGACCAACUCUGUUGUCUACGAAACCAUGAGAAUUGAACCUCCGGUUCCUUACCAAUACGCGAAAGCCAGGGAAGAUAUACAGAUCAACAGCCAUGAAUCAUCGUUCUUGAUCAAGAAGGGAGAAAUGAUAUUUGGGUACCAGCCAUUUGCGACAAAAGAUCCUAAAAUCUUCGAAAAUGCAGAGGAAUUCGUGGCGGAUAGGUUUUUGGGUGAGGGUGAAAAAUUGCUUAAAUAUGUGUAUUGGUCUAAUGGAAGAGAGACGGAGAAUCCGACGGUGAAUGAUAAACAAUGCCCCGGAAAAGACUUGGUGGUGCUUUUGGCAAAGCUCAUAUUGGUGGAAUUCUUCCUCAAGUAUGAUACUUUUACGGUUGAGGCUUCCACCAUCAUGUUGGGUCCAUUGGUGAUAGUCAAAUCCGUGACUAAAGCCAGCUGAAUUUUGGGGGCGAAAACACACUUUUGUUAAUUUAUCGUUUGAGUUUAGAGCUGCCUUUGUGGCUGCUAUAAACUGCUCCGAAUUUUGUAAAUGUCAUCAAUGUCAUGUUUGUUUUUCUCAUUCUCAUUGGCUCAAAAGGAAUUUUAUUUUUUUUUUUUUUUUGGUUGUUGACGAUGAUGCAUAUUGUGUAAUAUAAGUGUC